AGCUCGGUGCCAGGAUCUGCUGUUUUCAGUCGCAUCCCUGAAACAAGAUGGUGAAGGUCGGAGUCAACGGAUUUGGCCGUAUUGGGCGCCUGGUGACCAGGGCUGCAUUCGCCUCAGGUGGAGUAGACAUCGUGGCCAUCAAUGACCCCUUCAUUGACCUCAACUACAUGGUUUAUAUGUUUCAAUAUGAUUCCACUCAUGGCAAGUUCAAGGGCACUGCCAAGGCUGAGAAUGGGAAGCUGGUGAUCAAUGGAAAAGCCAUUACCAUCUUCCAGGAGCAGGAUCCCGCCAAUAUUAAAUGGGGAGAUGCUGGAGCCGAGUAUGUUGUAGAGUCCACUGGAGUCUUUACCACCAUGGAAAAGGCUGGGGCUCACUUGAAGGGUGGAGCCAAGAGGGUCAUCAUCUCUGCCCCUUCUGCUGAUGCCCCCAUGUUCGUGAUGGGAGUGAACCAUGAGAAAUAUGAUAAUUCCCUUAAGAUUGUCAGUAAUGCCUCCUGCACUACCAACUGCUUGGCCCCCUUGGCCAAGGUCAUUCAUGACAACUUUGGCAUCGUGGAAGGACUCAUGACUACAGUCCAUGCCAUUACUGCUACCCAGAAGACAGUAGAUGGCCCCUCUGGUAAGCUGUGGCGUGAUGGGCGUGGUGCUUCCCAGAACAUCAUCCCUGCUUCCACUGGUGCUGCUAAGGCUGUGGGCAAAGUUAUACCUGAACUGAAUGGGAAGCUCACAGGCAUGGCCUUCCGUGUUCCUACUCCCAAUGUAUCUGUUGUGGAUCUGACCUGCUGCCUGGAGAAACCUGCCAAAUAUGAUGAGAUCAAGAAAGUGGUGAAGCAAGCAUCAGAAGGAUCCUUGAAGGGCAUCUUGGGCUACACAGAGGACCAGGUUGUAUCCUGUGACUUCAACAGUGACAGUCACUCUUCUACCUUUGAUGCUAGCGCUGGUAUUGCCCUCAAUGACCACUUUGUCAAGCUCAUUUCCUGGUAUGACAAUGAGUACGGUUAUAGCAACCGUGUAGUAGACCUCAUGGUCUACAUGGCCUCCCAGGAGUAAAGUGGAAAGCCAUGAACCUUCAUCCCCAGCCAAAAAAAGGAGGUCCACCACUGGGGAGCCUACAUUCCUAACCUAUGUUCCUGUACUGGGGAUCCGUAUCCCAUUCACAUCCUUAUCCUAAAGCACCCCUGUAGUAAGGGGGAGAAGCCUAGAGUCCUAUAUUGUGUACCAUCAAUAAAGUCACCACAUUCAGUGCAAAAAAAAAAAA